AAACAUUUCUGUGAUUGGAUUGACUGUAAAUCAAGUUUCAAAGAAAAAGAUGAACUUGUCCGCCAUAUUGAAAAAAUGCAUAUUGAUCAGCGUAAGGGUGAUGAUUUUACAUGUUUUUGGCAAGGUUGUCAACGUCGAUUCCGACCAUUUAAUGCUAGAUAUAAACUACUGAUCCAUAUGAGAGUUCAUUCUGGAGAAAAACCUAAUAAAUGCACUUUUGCAAAUUGUACUAAAGCCUUCUCCAGAUUAGAGAAUUUAAAGAUACACCUGAGAUCCCAUACUGGAGAGCGACCUUAUUUAUGUACAUAUAAAGAUUGUAAAAAGGCUUUCAGUAAUUCAUCAGAUAGAGCUAAACAUCAACGGACACAUCUUGAUACUAAACCCUACGCAUGUCAAGUUCCUGGCUGUACUAAGAGAUAUACUGACCCUAGCUCAUUACGUAAACACGUCAAAAAUCAUACACAGAAAGAUCAGCAAAUCAAGAAAAAGUUAAAAACAGAAACGGUAGAUUUUAGUCAACCAGAUAUAUUGAAAGAUUGCUUAAAGAUACACCAGUUACGAUCUAAUGGAUCACCAAUGGAC